AUAAUAAAAAUGACCUGCGUAUGACCUUUGAGACAAAUAUAUAUGGCUGGGAUGCCUACCGUGUUGCUUGAGUAUUGUGCAAUAACAUGAAGAGUAUAGUACUGCUCGUGGUGAUAUUUACAGCGCGGCUGGACUGUGCUUUAAGCGAGCCAACCCAAAAGUAUGACACCAUCGUUGUGGGUCUAGGAUCAUCCGGUGUGACGGCCGCGACCACACUGGCCAAGGCCGGCAGGAGGGUGCUCGGGCUGGAGGCCGACGACAGGAUCGGCGGCAGAGUCAAGACUGUGCCCUUCGGAGACGGCGUCGUCGAAGUCGGCGCUGAAUGGAUCCAUGGGAUAGUGAACAGUAGGGUUUACGAUGCAGCAGUACAGAAUAAUGUGACAACAUUGGAACAGAAGAUGGAAAGUCAAGUUUUCAGGUCAGACGGAUCGUUCGUUGACAGAGAUCUGUUUAUUGAGUUGUUUGAAUAUGGCACUGAAGUGGCUGAGAACGCAACCGGCGCUCCCAAACCAGUUGGACAACAUACACAAGAAAAACUAAUGGAAUACUUGGAAAAGAAUCAUCCGGAUGUUCUGAAGGAUCAGGAUUACGUUAACGGGGUUUUGGAAGCAUUAAAUCUUGCCUUGAGUGCUCUCGAGGCCACUAGCGACUGGAACGAGGUUUCGACUCAGUCUUCAUACGAAGACCUUGGCGGAAGCCUGCACUACAGUUGGAACAAGCAUGGAUAUAAAACAUUUUUUGAAAUCUUAUUAAACAAAUACAACAAUGGUCCAGGUUUACCGUCGCUGGAUAUCAAAUUGAACAAAGAGGUGACCCAGAUAAAAUGGCCAAAAGAUUCGACUGGUGACGUGGAGGUGGUGUGCAAAGAUGGUGAGAUAUUCACUGCCGACAACGUCAUCGUCACCGUCUCGCUGGGGGUGCUUAAAGAAAGAUACUCGGAGCUCUUCAAACCAGCGUUACCACAAAAGAAAAUCGAAUCAAUCAAAGUCAUGUCAAUGGGACUCCUAGAUAAAAUCAUAUUUCAGUUUGACGAACCGUGGUGGAAAUCAAUGACGUAUGAUUCUAUAUUUUUGCUGUGGAGAGGAGAAGAUAAAAGGAAAGUCAGCAUUGAGGAUAAUUGGACAACAAAAAUAUAUGGAGCCACUACUCCUAUGGGGUCAGAUAACACCCUAACAUUAUGGAUUAGCGGUGAAAAUGCUAAACUGAUGGAAACACUUCCAGAAGAGGUUGUUAGAAGCAAAGCUUUUGGAGUUAUCAAACAAUUUAUGGGAGCCAACUUUACCAUACCGAGACCGACUGGAAUGAUAAGGUCCACAUGGUAUUCUAAUCCAUACACAAGAGGAAGCUAUACCUUCGAUGACGUAGGUUUCCCCCAACAUCCCAACGCAAGAAAUAUACUUGGGGAACCCUUGCUUGAUUCUGCUGGGAAACCCAAAGUGUUGUUCGCUGGAGAAGCUACAAAUCCUAAACAUUAUGGAACCGUCCAUGGUGCAAGCGAAACCGGAUUUAGGGAGGCUCAAAGGCUGCUAGAUAGCAAGAUGUAAGGGGGCAUGUAUAAUGUUGGAAGUGAUUCCGUAUUUCUUACAGUUAUUUCGCCUUUUCAAAACCUUUAUAUGCUAUCGAGACAAGAGCAGUUAUAAAAACUCUGAGGUAGAACAACUAUAUAUGUACUACACAAAUCACUUUUGAAUAUAUUACGUUCCUCGGUAUUAUAGGUAUCCAAAGAUUACAAAACAGAGUUUGUUGAAUAAAUAUAUUUAUUUUCUUAUUAAAA